CAAGCCCUGGCGCAAAACAACACAGAGACAAGUGAACAAAUCCAGAAAAGUGGGAUCCUCCAGGUGUUUGCAAGUCUGUUGACUCCGCAGUCUUCCUCAACUGCAAAAGUAGCUAACAUCAUAGCAGAAGUAGCCAAAAAUGGUGAGGUUUUCCACAAGGCCUUUUCUGCUGGAACAUCUUCAGUUUUGCAGCUCACUUGUCAAAUUUAUGCGGAAUCCAUGUGUGGAUGCUGGCUUGAUCCCACCGCUGGUACAACUCUUAAACUGCAAAGAUCAGGAAGUGCUUCUUCAAACAGGACGUGCCUUGGGCAACAUAUGCUAUGACAGCCAUGAGGGCAGAAACGCAGUUGACCAUGCAGGUGGGGCACAGAUUGUAAUAGACCAUUUAAGGUCACUGUGCAGUAAAACAGAUCCAGCCAGUGAGAAGCUCUUGACUGUCUUUUGUGGCAUGCUGAUGAACUAUAGCAAUGAGAAUGAUACCCUACAAACUCAGCUCAUCAAAAUGGGAGUUAUCCCAACAUUAGUGAAAUUGUUGGGCAUUCAUUGCCAAAAUUCUGCUUUGACUGAAAUGUGCCUUGUUGCGUUUGGAAACUUAGCAGAACUUGAAUCAAGCAAAGAGCAGUUCGCCUACACAAACAUUGCCGAAGAGCUUGUGAAGCUGUUCAAAAAGCAAAUAGAACAUGACAAGAAAGAGAUGAUUUUUGAAGUUUUGGCUCCUUUGGCAGAAAAUGAUAUCAUUAAGCUGCAGCUGGUUGAAGCAGGACUUGUAGAGUGUCUACUUGAGAUUGUCCAAAAGACUGUAGAGAGUGACAAAGAUGAUGACAUUGCGGAACUUAAAACUGCCUCUGACCUUAUGGUUCUGCUCCUGCUGGGUGAUGAAUCAAUGCAAAAACUAUUUGAAGGAGGAAAAGGCAGCGUGUUCCAAAGGGUGCUUUUAUGGAUCCCAUCUAAUAACCAUCAGCUGCAGCUUGCAGGAGCAUUGGCAAUUGCAAAUUUUGCUAGAAACGAUGGAAACUGUAUCCAUAUGGUGGAUAAUGGUAUCGUUCAGAAACUGAUGGAUUUACUGGACAGGCAUGUGGAAGAUGGAAAUGUCACUGUACAGCAUGCAGCGCUGAGUGCACUCCGAAAUCUCGCUAUUCCUGUUGUAAAUAAGGCAAAGAUGCUGUCAGCUGGCGUGGCAGAAGCAGUAUUGAAAUUUCUCAGAUCCGAGAUGCCCCCUGUUCAGUUCAAGCUGCUGGGGACGUUAAGAAUGUUAAUAGAUGCACAAGCAGAAGCUGCUGAACAGCUGGGGAAGAAUGUGAAGUUGGUUGAAAGGCUGGUGGAGUGGUGUGAAGCCAAGGACCACGCCGGCGUGAUGGGAGAGUCAAACAGGCUGCUCUCUGCUCUUAUACGACACAGCAAAUCAAAAGAUGUAAUUAGGACCAUUGUUCAGAGUGGCGGCAUUAAGCACUUAGUUACCAUGGCAACUAGCGAACAUGUAAUAAUGCAGAACGAGGCUCUUGUUGCCCUGGCACUAAUAGCUGCUCUAGAAUUAGGUACAGCAGAGAAGGAUCUCGAAAGUGCACAGUUAGUACAGAUUCUACACAGGCUGCUGUCUGAUGAGAGGAGUGCACCAGAAAUCAAGUACAACUCCAUGGUGCUGAUCUGUGCUCUUAUGGGAUCAGAACUCCUUCACAAGGAAGUACAGAGCCUGGCCUUUCUAGAUGUCGUAUCAAAACUCCGCAGCCACGAGAACAAAACGGUCGCCCAGCAGGCUUCCCUCACAGAGCAGAGACUCGCCGUGGAAAGCUGAGGAAGGGCACCCCAACCCCACAUAGCAUCGCGUCACCGAUUCCACCUUCCAUCUUGUCCUGUUGCCGCUCCUGCUAUGUUCCCCCCACUGUGUCACUUGUGCAUGCAACAUGCUCACACUGAUCGAACUGCUGUAGGUACCUCUCAAAUACGAUUUCUAAGAGCCCAUAGCCAAUCAUCAUUGCAGGAUCCUGGGUAUGGGUAUGUUCUCUCAUACACACACACAGAAUCUCCAGCCCUGUCGGUGUUCUACUCGUAUUCGCGUUGCUUGGGCCACAUAGUAGAAUAUGCAUGUGUAGUCCUAUAAUAAUGUUACGUGGCACUACAGUGAUGACUUUUCCCUUCAUAGCCCUAACUCCGUAACAGUGUACUGCUAACUUAGGGACAAAAACCAGGAGGCAGCAAGGCCCGGGCUGGACUGCCAGCAAGGUGAGGUUUCAGAGAAGCUAGGCAGGGAGUCGCAUGCUCGUUUCAGUGCUUUUAGGAACACCACCACAAUGGGAUGAGUGAAGGAAGUCUUGCUGCUCAUUCAUUGGUCUUACCUAUUAAUGUCAAUCCCGUGGUACCUAGAGACAAACAAAUAAAUUCCAGUGCUCUCACACUUUA